CGAUGGCAAUUUGUGAUCUUACAACUGAUAAAGGUAUUAAAGAUCUAAAUUCCUAUUUAGCAGAUCACAGUUAUGUUGAAGGCAUACAAAUUCAUUAUUGCACACACGCGCGCGUAUAUGUAUGCAUGUACAUAUGUGUCUAUUAAAAUGUGAAUAAACAUCGCACCUAAAUUUAAAGAAACCCGUUUUUAUACUUCGAGUAUAAGAAAUGUGGCAAGCCAGUCAGGCAGAUGUAGCAAUUCUGGAAGCUUUAGGAGAAACACCAACAUAUUCAAAUCCUCAUAUUUUGAGAUGGUAUAAUCAUAUCAAAUCAUAUGAUUUCGAGACACUUCCAGGAAUCAAGAAAACACUUGUUAACUUUAGUAGCAAUAAUUCUACUAAUGUAACAACAGCCAAGAAUGAAGAUGAUGACGACGAUAAAGAUGUAGAUCUAUUUGACUCUGAUGAAGAAGAGGAUGUAGAAGCUGCAAGAGUCAGGGAGGAAAGAUUGAAGGCAUAUGCUGAGAAGAAAGCUAAAAAACCGGUGCUUAUUGCUAAAUCCAGUGUUGUAUUAGAUGUUAAACCAUGGGGUGAUGAAACUGAUAUGAAAGCCAUGGAAGAAGCUGUGAGAUCCAUUCAAAUGGAUGGACUAGUUUGGGGAGCAUCUAAAUUAGUUGCAGUAGGCUAUGGCAUUCAUAAGUUCAGGAUAAUGUGUGUCAUAGAAGAUGACAAGGUAUCUGUAGAUGUGCUAAUAGAAGAAAUAGAAAGUUUCAAACAGUAUGUUCAAUCUGUCGAUAUUGAAUCAUUCAAUAAAAUAUAA